CCUCAAUCCGUCCACUUUGUCAGGGUCGGGAGGACUCUGUGACUCAUUUCUUCUUUGGGAGCCCAAAAGUGAAACCUAUUUGAUCAUAUAUACUUUAUGAAAAAUCUUUAUGGUUGAAAGCAGGCACAGUGGCAUUUUUACACAUAAUCUUCCCGGUAUAAUAUGCUGUCUACAAAAAUGUGACUGAAACUCAUUUGAAGAAAAAACCCUUCCGCUGCAUCAAAAGCCCAAAAUCAUCCCAAAGCCUAAAUUAGCAUCUUCUCUCACCCCCAACCCUAGAGUCCGCCGCUGAAGAGAAGCCGUCCUUGCUAAAGAGUCGCAGAGCCAUAUCCGUCUCGUCUGCUCCCUUCCGAUCCAUGGCAACCAACUUCUUCACCGCAUCGCCGCCUUCGUUGCUCUUCCCCUCCACUGUUGCUCAUCGCCGCCUUCGUUGCUCUUCGUCUCCAUUGUUGCUCAUCGCCACUAUUCCUCUUAAUCGCCUUCCUCAUUUUCUUCUCCUCUUCCUCUAUCUAAAGUUAAUGUUGAGCGGUGGCGAGGGAGAUGGGGGAAGGUUGGCGACGGUUGCUUGGUUAUGGCAGAGGGUUGGGGUAGCGGUUGUACAGGAUGAGAGUUUGGCCACUGGAGAGGUGAUGACGGCCCCCACCAGAUGUGGUGGCGCGGACAUGGUGGUUGUUGGUGAUAGUUGGUGGUUAAUGGCGGUGGUCUACCGUUUUGCAGGAAAAGGUUGGCGGAAAAAUUUUCCUGUGAUUACGACAUGUUUUUCCAAACAUGUGACCUGCUUAAUCACAUUUUUGACCUUUUAAAAAAUGGUCACAUUUUUGGAAAUCACCUUAAUUUGGUAAUAUUCAAAGAAAAAGCCCAAUGUAAUUUGAAUAAAUCGUUUAUGCUCGCAACUGGACUUCUAGCUUAUCUGGUUAAGAGAUUUGUAUAGUAGAUGAAAU